AUGGUUCUUAACAGAACCACAUGCAACAUUGUACAGACAGGGGACAAUGACGGUGAAUUCCUUGACAUUAACAGCAUUGUGCUCAAUGAGGUUAGGGAGCAGCAAGACAGUGAGGACAAGGCCACUGCCACUUGCAAAGGAAAAGGAAAAGCAAAGCCUCAGGCUAAUGCUUCUGUGAUGGACAAGACUGAGCCAAAGCCCCAGGGUAAAGAUGAGGCUAUGGCUGAUGGAGAGCUCAGCAAUGUUGAGAGGUCACAUUUUGUGGAAUUUUACAUAAGAGUGAGUGACAAGGGAAUUCAGUCAGCUGCCACCACUGUCACUGCAUCAAACAAUGGUCUCAUCAGGAAGGCAGUUAUGGAGACAGGAACACCAGCUGAAGCCGCACAGAGUAGUAAGGAGAUGGAGGAGAAAGCUGAUGAUCCCCAGGAGGAACUGUGUGCUGAGACAGCCAGCAAUGGUGACUCAGCUCAACAUCAGGUUGCACAAUGGUCUCUCCCUUCCAGUGGUGCUCAUAUUGAGUCACCUGCAGGGGGUGUGGAUGCAAGGGUCACUGGCACAACAACACUCAGGCAGCCACAGGAUGAUCAGACCACCACACUCUCUGUUGCUGAGUCAAUGAUUGAUGACCCUGCCAUUGGCAGCUGCGAAGCCUCUGACACAAACAAGGGGUUUGAAGAUGCCAUAGAUAUUAAUCACCACAACACUGCCACCCAGGGAGAAAACUCCUUCCUUGGUCAUGAUAAGGAUUUCAAUGCCGAAAUGGACUUGGGCAGCAUGCAACAUUGUGCUCAGGAUGACACAGUGGAUCACAUACUCCAGGAGCAAACUCAGUCUGCCCAGCCAGGGAUUGCCCAAAUAUCGCAACCUAUGCAAGAUUUGGAUGCUGGGUUCAAAUGUCACCACAGCAAGGUCUCACCUGAGCAGUUGCCAAGAAAGAGUCCACCCUUUGCCCCACCUCCACCAUGCAAAAAGGUAAACUUCAAUGCUAAAUCACCUGAGUCCUCCACUCCAACUGGUGCUGGUGGCAACACAUUUCCUGGCUCUUCAAAGGAGCCCAUGGUUCUACUCCAUCAAUCAGCUGUGCCUGAUUAUGCUCUGGUACCAUGA